AUGACUGAUGAUAGUAUAUGGGAUGCAGAUCUUAUACGUCAUGCUGAUAUUCGUCUUUGUUGUUUAUGCAUAUGGCAUAAUUACGACGGAUUUGGUUGCCAACUUAAAGCUGCUCCAGAUCCACCACAUUUUAUAUAUUUAGUUGAAUCAAACAGUCCAGCAACUGCAGGUGGACUUAAAAUGCAUGAUGUCAUUCUUGCGAUCAACGAUCAAGAUAUGACAACAGCAGAUCUUCAUGAAGUGGAAGCAGCUAUAGAAACUUCAACAAAAACUAAAAGUAGUGUCGACUUACUUGUCGUACAAUCCGAUGUAUAUAAAAUAUUAAAAGAGAGAAAUAUACCUAUUGACUCUAUUUCUGCCACGGUUAUCUAUACACCAGUUAAAAUGCCUACUGAAUUUAGUAAUUUUCCUAGGUACACACCACGCCUAUGCAAGAUGCGUUUUAGAACUGAUGAUACGUCACUUGGUUUUGAUAUUGUCAAUGGAGAGAACGAUAUUGGUGCAUAUAUUCAAGUAGUGCUGCCAAAUUCAUUGGCUAGUGAUGUUGGCUUACGUAGUAGUGAUCGAAUUAUUGAGAUCAAUGGAGACAAUGUCAAUGAAAAGUCAAGUGAAGAUAUACGAAAUAUAUUAGAUACAGCGACAAAAAAUGAUAUCAUCGAAAAUGAUGAUAGUUUAUGUCGAACACUUCCGCAAAUAGAGUGUCCAAACAGUACUACAAUGAAAUCCAUCAAUAAUUAUAAUUCUAUGACAUUACCGAAAAAACUUGAUUCUAGUAGCAAGCAACUAGAUGAUAUAGAAAUCGAAUUGGAUAAUGAAAAUUUCGUAUCAAAUGAAAAUAAUACCGGUGGAUAUGUCAAGAGCGAUCAUACUAAUACCUUUAGUACAAGAUUUGAUAUCAAUGAAAGUGUUGAUGAGACGAAAUAUAAGAAUUUUAAGAAUGAUUAUGUUCGGCCGAAAACAUCUUCGACAAGAACUGUUGUAAAUAUAUAUAAUGGAAGUAUUCAAGUUCUUCGGGGAGAUUUAACAAGACAAAUGGUAGACGCAAUUGUCGUCCCAUCCACAUCUGCUUGUCUUACAGCAUAUGUCUUACGAGAGGCCGGAGAAUAUGUUCAAACAGCAUACGAGAUAGAAAUGCAAAAUAAUUCAAUGCAAUCAAUCUCGGUUGACUGUGGUGGAGUAUUACUAUGUGAGAAGAUUUAUUUCAUACCAUGUCCUGAUUUGCUAUACAAUCCUGACAAAUGGACAUUUCGAAACUUUAUUUCUGAAGCUAUUACAAUGGCAACAAAUGAAAAAUCAGGUACGAUUCGAUCGAUUGCAUUUCCUGCUAUAGGCUGUGGAAAAUAUAAUUGUAAUUCUGAUUUUGUUGCUAAAACAUUAAUUAUGGCUGCUGCGUAUGAAUUGGAACGACAACCUUCAGAAAAACUUGACGUCUAUUUUGUUAUACAGCAACACCAAUACGAUGUAUUUCAUGCUUUUGAAAAUGUAUUAAAAUUCUUAGAUAUCAAUGGUUUAUCCAAUAUGAAUGAUCAAUUUCGUACCAUUGAAACAUAUUUACCAUCGAAAUCGACAACACGUCAUAAUAAUAAAAAUGGCUUUAUUAUAGAAAAACGUCUGUUAGAUUAUUCUAGUAAUGAAUAUGCUAUGGUAGUGCAAAGUUUCUGUACUACAAUGACAGAAGGAUUAUGCAAAGAAAUUUUACGUAUUGAACUUGUGUGGAACAAUCGAUGGUACAAACAAUACGAAAUCCAUCGAGAUGAAUUCAAUCAAAGAUUAAAGAUCAAUACAGAACAAUAUUUGUUUCAUGGAUGUUCUCAAUUUGCAGCAAAUAAUAUUAUAAAAGAAUGCUUUAAUCGAAGCUAUGCUGGUCAACAUGGUACCAAAUAUGGCCAUGGUGUUUACUUUUCAUCACAAGCAAGCUAUAGUCAUUCAUAUACAGAACCAAAUACAAGAGGAGAACGAUGUAUGUUUUUAGCACGUGUACUUGUAGGAAACACAAUAAUAGGUACUAAACAUACGAAAAUUUGUCCACGUGGAUUCGAUACUACAACAGAUGGAACUCAUAUAUAUGUCAUCUAUCAUGAUGCACAAGCUUUUGGUCAAUAUCUUAUUACAUACAAAUAA